AUGGAUCCCAUUCCCCAUCCAUCAGAGGUCCUGUAUGUCGGUCUGUGUCGUAAAAUAGGGACAUCGACUGAAGUGGCCAUCAGAAGGGAUGUAAAGGACAUGGAUGAGAUGAUAACGAAAGCUGUUAAUAAUCAUAGAGGCAGUGUUGUGAUGAGAAGUGGCAGUUAUAGAGAUGGAUUUAGGUUGAGAUCAUCUGACAGGGACACGAUGUUCUGGAGUUCUUUAUCAGUAUUACAGAAUGGACGUGUCCAGUCUACUGCUGAGUCCGACUCUCAGAUCAAUCUUAGAACCAGCUCUGUGACUGGGAGAUACGUUGAAACACUACAUAUCACUUAUCUCUCUAAAGAAAGAAUGUCACAGGACUUUAUUAUGUAUGAAUUUUAUAAAGUGGAUAGGCUAAGAUUGGGUAAUAGAUCUCAGUGUUUACAGUCACUGACAGACCUACAGACACUGCUGCUCUAUGAUGACGGGACAUAUGUGCCUUUUGAACUCCGAGAUAUACACUGGCAGAUACUAGGGAUCUGUCAACAUGCUGUGGGAGAUUUACAGGAAGCUUUAAAGUCCUUUGAAGAGUCACUCAAACAGGAACUAUACCAUGGAAUACAGGAAGCUACAAAUAUUAGAAAAAGAUGGGUUAAAGGACAAUUAUACGGAAAUAUAUAA